AUGUCAGACGAUAAUAUGACAGAGUCGAGUCCUCCCCCAACCAGAGGAAGAAGAAAGUCAACCAAGUCUUCUGUUCUAUCUGAAGAACAGAAAAAAGCCCACCAUAUUGCAUCAGAACAAAAAAGAAGAGAGAAUAUCCGAGCAGAGUUCGAUAAGCUUGUUUCGUUGACUCCAACUUUGACGGAGCUGGAAAAUAGAUCAGAGUUGAACAUUUUGACUAAAAGUGCAGACUACAUCGAUGAAUUACGAGAAGAAAACAUAAAGUUGAUAGAGUUAUGCCGUAUGAAGGGUAUACAAGUACCAAAGUCGCUAAUUUAUGAAGGUCCAACAAAUGAUGGAAGCGAUAUUGCCCAGUAG